CCGAGCGCUCCGCCGGAGGGGGGUACGCGUUACGUGUUACGACUCCGUGGUUUCCCUGGUUGAUAAACUGUCAUCAGACAUGGGCCGUAUGUCACGUUACUGAACGAUUUAAUUGUCGACCGUGCGAUGAAACUGCAGCGGCAUGUGGUGCGCGCGAAGUAAUACGUGAAUUACUCGCGAUUGGGUGACGAACGAGAUUUCCAGGUCAUGUUUCGCGACUGUAAACAUUAACCCACAUCAGGUCUUCCGUCAUGAACGCUUAUAACAGAGGUGCAGCACCGGGUAUAUCAGGGAACGCCUUCGACUGCUGGGUUCAAAAGUCUAAUCUGCACGAUGACUCCGCCAUCAUAAAGAUGCAGCAUCAGUUCUGGGUGACGAAGCAGGCCCUGUCCCGGAAAUUGGGGAAGAAGGAGGACGAGUGCAUAAUCGCUUCGGACGCCGAGCUGGACGCGAAGCUGGAACUGUUCCGCAGUAUCCAGGAAUCAUGCUCCUACUUGCAGAGGGUCAUCGACAGAUACCAAGAACGAUUGUGCAAUCUAGCGCAGGAAGAGAACGCGAUGGGGCGUUUUCUGAAAGACGCCGGGAAACAGGACAAGACUCGCGCUGGCAAAAUGAUGUCAGCGGUCGGCAAGUCGCUGUCUUACUCGGGCCAACAGAGACUCGCGUUGAGAGCGCCCCUGGGCCGCUUGUACCAGGAGGUGGAGACCUUCAGGCAGAGAGCCAUCGAGGACACGUUGCAGAACGUGCAGGCGAUGGAGAAGGCUCGCACGGAGUACCGAGCCGCCCUCUCCUGGAUGAAGAACAUCUCGCAGGAAUUGGACCCGGACACGUCCAAGCAGCUGGAGAGAUUUAGGAAGGUCCAGGCGCGCGUGAAGCAGGGCAAAAUAAGUUUUGACAAUCUGGCCCUUGAUUGCCUCCAGAAGGUAGACUUGCUAGCGGCGGCACGGUGUAACAUGUUCAGUCAUGCCUUAGUUUUGUACCAAACUACACUGUUAAAUUUUACGAAGAAGUCCGCGCAAGCGUACUCGACGAUAGCCAACAGCUUCAAGGGCUAUCAGCGCUACGACUUCACGGUAGUGCGAGAGCUGGCGGAAACCUCCAGCAAACUGGCACAGGAGACCGGCGGUGACGACGACGCGGAGGACAGGGACAAAUCAUUUUUCGACAUGGAUUAUCACGACGAUGUCGAGGAGGCUCAGGAGGCUGCCGCGAACUCGGGAAGCGCGUCGAAGACGGACAAGCAGGACGAGAAGCUCUUGGACAUAGAGAACGAAUCGAAGGACACGCUGGUAGGCCUGGACGCGGCUGCGGACUCGUCGAGCAACGGAAUCGCGGACGCCACUGACGCGGAGAACAGCAAGAGCCUCGAAGAGUUCUUCGGGAAUCUGAUCCUGGAGAAGAACGUCCGCGACGCUGGUGGGCAGCCGGUCGCUGACAAGGCCGAGCGGAACAGUCACUCCGAGUUGAGCAAAGCGUCCGGGGAGCGGAAGCUGGUGGACAUAUUCGGGGAGUGCGACGCGGACUUCGGUCUGGCCGACCUAUCGUCCCUGACGUCCCUGACGUCCCUGACGUCGGACGACGCGCAGCAGCAGCGGUCGCUGAAUUUCCUGGCGUCCGAGGGCGCGGCGCUCCUCGACGAGAUCCUCAACGACAAGCAGCAGUGCACGAGCAGCAGCAGCGACUGGGAGGGCAUAUCGGGCGACACCUUCCUGCCGCCGAGCAUCCUGAAGCAGAGCCUGGGCGACGCGGCGCUUGGCAUGGGCCAGAAGGGCAUGAUGACGACCAACAGCACGGACGACAAAAAGAAGAGUAAGACCGGCAGGCAAAAAGGUAACUCGUGGUUGGACUUGUUCGCGGAAUUGGACCCAUUGGCUAAUCCAAUGGAGAAUCUCCUCUCCGGUGAUAGUAACGCUUCUGCUUAAUUAAUAACGCGUGACGUAACUUUGACGGCGCCGUUACUCGGAGAUAAGUAACGAGACGGGGGGAGGAAAGGGCCGAUCGAGCCGUCGUUUCUCAUCGACGAGCGCAGCGUUUUCAUUUGGUACAUUUAUAUCAGUAUUUUGCCGGAGUAUUUUGUGCGAGACUCUCGAAUUCGACAUUCCAGACUUUUUUUUAUUAUUAUUUCCAACGGAAAUAAUAAUCGUGCGUAAGAGAAUCAAAAGAGCUGUUUGAAUUGCAGAAUUUUUUCACGUAAACCAAAGAUGCAUACCAAAGAUAUAAAAUGUAAUGUUUAUUGAACAUUAUUAUUAUUAUACGCUAGUCAUAUUUUCUUUCAAAUAUAAUAUAUAUAUUACAAGAUCUUCGAUAUAAAUAAAUUUAUUAUGGAAUUCUUUGUAAUUCUAACGGACACGUCCAGAGGUGUGUGGAAGUACAUCGCAUAUUUGUGUGA